CCCCGCCCCUUUACCGCCAGCUAGGGGGCUUUCCCGUUCCACGGAGCAUGACUUCAUCAGGGCUCUCCGCCAAUCAGGAAGCAGCAGCCGGCAGGGCAGGGGAAUUCCAAGCGCCCUGGGCCUCCAUCAAAGCCAAAGCACCAAAAAAAAGAGAGAGGAAGAGCGGGGAAAAAAGAAAGAAAAGAAGUUCGGGCUUUUGGGUCGCCCAAGGGGAAUGUGGGCCAAGGCCGGGUCAUGAGUUGCCUUAGACAGCACCGGCAACCGCCCCGGCCGCCGCCGCUGCAGGAGAAAGAGAUGCUGGUUCCGCCGCUAGGAGCUGCUCUUACAGCUUCUAGCUUGUCCGUGAUGCAACCAACUGCAGAGACCUCCGAGGAAUUAGAAAUCAUCGAUGAGCUCAUCAAAGAAGAUGGCUUUGAGGUGAGCCCGGCAUCCCUUCCAGCCAAGUUCUCUCUCAACGGUCCGGCCAGGUUGAUCCCCAGGUGCUCCAACGUAACAUCGCCUUCAGGGAUGCAGAGACGAGUUGAGCCUGCGGGAAUGAGCCUGUUGCAGCUUGGCUUGGAGCCAUAUCGGCCCUCCCGCCUCCCCGCCCCGCAAGAUCCUUCGGCGUCUCAGCUUUCGCAGAACCUCAAUAGCUUGACACUGCGGCCCCAGCUGGUUCCGAGGGGGACGUCUCUCCCUUUGCUGCCCAAUGGCGGCCUGCGCUUCGAGGCCCCCUGGGACCCUCCCGUCCCUUCGAUGCGCCCCACGAUGCUCCGGGAGCCGCUGGAGGACAUCAUCCAAGAGCCGCCCAAACUCGUCAUCAUGGAGCAGCCCAAGCAGAGAGGGAUGCGUUUCCGUUACCAGUGCGAAGGCAGGUCAGCCGGAAGCAUCUUGGGGGAAUGCAGCACCGACACCAACAAGACCCUGCCAAGCAUUGAGCUGCAGAACUUUGCGGGGAUCGCGGAAGUGAAGGUGACGGCCUGCUUGGUGUGGAAAGACUGGCCGCAUCGCAUCCACCCCCACAGCUUGGUGGGGAAAGAUUGCAGCAAUGGCCUCUGUGAAGUGACGCUGAAGCCCCGCGUCAACCCCAAGCACAGCUUCAACAACCUUGGGAUCCAGUGCGUGAAGAAGAAGGACAUAGAAGAAUCCAUAGACAAAAAGCUACAACUUGGAAUUGAUCCUUUCAAAGCUGGAUCAUUAAAAAAUCACCAGGAGGUCGAUAUGAAUGUGGUCCGGAUUUGCUUUCAGGCCUCCUACCAGGAUAGCAUGGGAAAGACACGACACCUCAACCCCGUCUUAUCAGAACCCAUCUUUGAUAAGAAAUCCACAAACACGUCGGAGCUGAAAAUCUACCGGAUGAAUAAGGAGUACGGGAGUUGCGUAGGCGGAGAGGAACUCUAUUUGCUUUGUGAUAAAGUCCAGAAAGAAGACAUCUCCAUCAUCUUCCGGAAGGACAUGUGGGAGGGCAAAGCCGACUUCUCACAAGCCGACGUUCACCGGCAGAUCGCCAUUGUCUUCAAGACGCCGCCCUACCAGCACCUGGACAUCGCGGAGCCGGUGGAGGUGGAAGUGUACUUGCGACGUCUGACGGACAGCGUCUCCAGCGAGGCCUUCAACUUCACCUACCUGCCUAGGGACAACGACACGUACAGGGUCAACAAAAAGAGGAAACAAGGCAUGCCAGAUGUCCUGGAGGAGCUCUCCGGCCCAGACCCUCAUGGGAUCGAAGCCAAGAGGAAGAAGAAGAAGCCAGGGUACAUGGACCAUUUCAACUUUUCAACUCCGUCAGCAGCUGGCUCCUUGCCUUGUCCCGAAGACAGGACUUUCCUGACCAGCUUGGAGCGCAUCACGGUGCCGGACCUGUUUGAGGACUACAACCUGGUUCAAGACUUCUCUCCUUACAGCGGCCCCAGCUUGAGCGAUGUUUUGCUGCCGUCUGCCAUGGACUUCCCAGAUGCUGCAGAUCAGGAGUUCCUGCUUGAUGCAUAUGCCGUCCACCCUGCCCCUUUUACGCUCCUCGGGGAUUGUGAGCAGGAGGGCACCGCCAGCUUGAUUAGGAGCAGCAUGUUUCCUAGUCAGUACAAAGAGGCCGAAGCACGACUGGAAAUGGAGACCAAGCUCAAGUCGGCUGAUGCCGCUGCAACCUUGUGAAGCAAUGUGGCGUCCCCACGGGCUCUGAAGGGAGAGGCCUAGCGCAUGAUUUGAAGCCUACCAGCAGCCGGGAGCUCCUUGUUAAAGAAAACAAGGCUAUGUUCCCUUGUGGCAACUGAAGGGGGAAAAGAAUGACUUUGGUAUUUGUGAGGGAUCCUUGUGGGACUUCCCUCUGGGAGACAGACAAGACAUGAAUCAACCAGAAGGAAAAAUUGCACUAGUAGUUGGACGGUGGGUGGGGCAGCGCCCUCAGGACUGGCCCAGGACGGCUGCGUUUCUUUCCUAGUUUCUCUUCCUCAGUUUUCUCCAUGUGCAAAAUCUGGUCCGAGACACCGGCUUGUUUGUUAUCAAGGGUCUGUGUGUGUAGCCAAAAACAUACCAGUGAAUGUACUCUAUUAGCAUAAUUGACAAAACUAAGGCCUUUCCCCCGCUACGGGAUGAUUUAUGCAGAUCAGCUUUUGAAUAUUUCCUGCUUUACCCUGGAUUAUCUUCACAAAGUCUACACAAGUGGCAAGAGCUAGUGGGAUGGCCCUGUGUUUGCAGAGUGGCUCAGGUGCCGGUCCACCCCCUAUGAACACAUAAACAUGAAUUCCUUAAUACUUUAUCUUUCAAUGAAUUUAUGAAGGCAAGAAGUAUAGGAUUCACAGAAUGGUAGAGUUGGAAGGGGCCUUAUAAUGAGUCAAGCCAUUGGUUUACCCCGGUACUCUCUGAUAGUGGCUCUCCAGGAUCAGGACAUGCCAAGGAAUGAAUCUGGGAGCUUUUGUGUGCAAGGAAUGCAUUUCUGCCCCAGCAAAGUGUUAUGAGCCCUCUAAUAAUUCCGUCAGGAAGCAGGUCUGAAAGCUUGCGCCCUUUUUGAACAACUUGGGCAUGUGCGCACGAGAACAUCCUAUGCAGCUGGUUCAGCUGUCUUAUGCAACCAGGAAAAAAACAGACAGCAUUACAACCCAGGGUAUUGUGGGUGGGGGCUAUGUUUCUCCUCCUCCUGCAUAAUGUCCAUAAUUUGUGCUAACCCACCUCUCGUCAUUGUACACCUGACUUGUAUGUAGGGAUGGGGGGAAAUCUGUCAAGCACAAUAUCACUCAGGUUCUCAUUUGCCACAGCUAAGUUCACCCUGCUCUGAGACCACCUCGAAUUUCAAUUUUUUUGUAAUUCACAUGAAAAUUGCUAUGAAUUUUCGUGUACAUUUUUAAAAUGUAUGCCUUUCCCCAAAUGUACACAUUUUGUGUGUACUUUUGCAAAUCCACUGCAAUUCCCCUUAUUGAAUCUAACGUUCUUCUGCACGUUUUUGCAAAUGUAUGUGUUUUUGCUUGUAUUUUUUGAAAUGCUCACAUUUUUGUAUAUCGCAUACUUUGGAAAUGUAUGGAUUUUGACGGAAAACUGCAUCCUGGUUUGCAUUUAGGUAUGGGAAGUGGGAAUUUGGCAUUGAAAUGAGAAUGGAAGGAAUUUCUCACCCAUCCCAAUUAGAUGUGAAGCCUUAGGGUCUCUUUUGAUUUUCACAAGGAUGCUGAAUUCUGUGCUCAAUAUGAAACCUCAUCUUGGUGCAGAAUUACUGAAUGCCCACAGCCCUUGCCACGACUCUGGUGUUUCCGGUGUGAGACUUGGCCGUAUAUAUCCACAGGAGGUUAUAGUGUGCCUUUUCUAAUGAAGUAGCUUUCCUGGAAUUAUAGGUGCUCAAGCAGCUGACAGCCACAAGCAAUGUGACUGGCAGCCAGACCGGCAUAUCGCCAUAUCCACACCAUUCACACAUGAUGUGUGUGUGGUUCUUUGUCCACCAUAUUUGAACUUGAAAAGAUGGGUACGGGCGCGGGCAGCUGGGAGAAGAGCAUCUGGGGUAGUGAAGAGAUAAAAUUUGUGUGUGUUGUGUUAUGUUGUGCGUCUGUGUGUGUAGGGAUGAGGGGAGGAGGAGAAUUGAGCUCCCCUCUCCUAACCUGUCCCUCUCAUGCUCAAAUAAGACUCCUGUUUUACACAUGAACAAGACAGAUGAGUAAAUUAAUAAACCAACAUGGCUGCCUUGC